ACCUCCUUUCGUAUUUCAACACUUCCCCAAUGGCCGGAAAUAAAGCUAAACACCGUUCAGAAAUGAUAUACAAACAUAUUCUCAGCGUGAAUGUCGCUCUUAUUCAAGUUAAUAAAAAAAAACAUCACGAUGUAGUCAAUUUUAAUGAAAGCGAACGCGUGUAAUUAAAUCACCCCGCCCGUGGCAACUACACUCGUAUCAAAAACCAUCGUCCCUCGUCUCCGUCCGUCAUCUGCGGGAGGAAGCGGUCACCACCAACACACGCAGCCUCUGCUCGCAAACACGGCCGAAUGCAGUUAUAUUUCUCCGCGCUGCUGCAGCAAAGGACGACGGUGCACCAUGGAGAACUGCGGCUUCCAGAGCCAGCUGCUGUCCGUCGUGGAGCUGCUGGCCAAGGCGGCCGCGGCGGAGAUCAGCCGGCGGGUGGACGACAGCUGCGCGCUGCUGCGGCUGGAGCUGAGCCAGUGCCGGCGGGACAUCGAGCUGCUGAAGAGCAAGUGCGAGGUGAUGGAGGGGCAGCUGAGGACGAGCCCAGGCGGCAGGAAGAUGUGCAGCGCGGCUGCAGACGAGACGUCGUCUGACUCAGUCACAGAAGUUUUCAACAAAGAAAGUGCAGGCUCAGACUGGGACGGACAGGUGGGAGCGGAGCCUGCAGAGUCUGCAGCUCAGUGUCAGCAGCAUGCAGACGUGGAACCGGUUGAUGAAGCUGAACUCAUGCAGAUCAAACGGGAGUGUGCAGAAGGUGCGUGGAGGAACGAGCUGGGGGACAAACAGAGUGAAAACCUCACCAACUCGGGCCCUCUGGUUUCCCCGGCAGACAUCUACGACACCUUCCCAGAGCAGCAGCUUCACGCAAACCACAGUGAAGCAGAACUGGUGGUGAAGCAAGAGGACGAGGAAGAGCCCAGCGACGCCUCGGACCCGUUCGAGUCGGGUCACGAUUUUGUGCCGGGGGAAGUGGAAACGCAUCUGUGGCCGGCCAGUCUGUGCAGAGAUUCUGGGGACCCCUGCGGUUCGUCGGCGGGGCAGCAAAUCGAGCAGAUCCCCACUGCGCUCGCGCCUCAAACCAGCCUGCACUUGGAGGAUAUCGUACCCAGAAUUCACUCGGCAGGGAAAUCUCAUUCUGUGCUUCUGAGCGCAGCGAGAGUGAAAAGACGAGCCCGGACUUUUGGGUGCAAGAGGCUGCAGCCGGAGGAAGGACACAACGGGGCGACCCGGAUGAACUCGUUCGAUUCGGGCUUCGUCCCUCAGCAGUCGCAGCAUCAGUACAGAGACACUACGCCUCAGGUGAGGAGCCUGGACGCGGGCCUGACGGCGCCGGGCUCCGCCGUCUCCCUCUUCGGACAGAGCCGCGGCGCCUUCAGCCUGGCCAAGAGGGUGCGGGCGCCCUGGAGGGCCGGCCUGGGUGAGAAGAGCUUCAGCUGCACGUACUGCAGCAAGGGCUUCACCCGCUUCAGCCAGCUGAAGGAGCACCUGAGGAGCCACACGGGGGAGAAGCCCUUCAGCUGCAUGCAGUGCGGCCGCAGCUUCACCAAGCAGUGCAACCUCAUCAGACACGCCGUGGUGCACAGCGGCGAGAAGCCCUACGAGUGCUCGCUGUGCGGGAAGUGCUUCACCCAGCGCUCCAGCCUCAAAUCCCAUCAACAGAUCGUGCACUAAACUCCCGCCUCCCGCGUCCUGAAAUACAAGUCUACGACUCCGGGUAUCGACUGGAGCUACUUUUGUAAAAUUAUUUAUUCAUUCAAUUAUUGUCUGCCUGUUGUAUGGUAUUGUGAUUUAUAUUAGACAAACUAGUAAAACAAAUUGUUUAUAUGAUGAAAGAGAGAAUAAUGUUGUUCCUUGUGGUUUUAAUCAUUCUUAUUAAAAACUUAAAAAAU